AUGCGCGCCGUCCAUCACCGCGCGCCCGCCGUGAUUCCGCGCGCCGAGGCCAACCGCGCGGUCAACGCGAGCGUCGCUCGCGACAAACCCGUCGUCGCGAUCGCCGGAGGCGGCCUUUGGGGAUGCGCGUGCGCGUAUUUUUGUCAGCGCACCUCCCACUGCGACGUCGUCAUCGUCGAGCGAUCGCGCGUGGCGAGCGCGGCGAGCGGUAAGGGCGGAGGUUUCCUCGCCAGGGACUGGGGAGACGGCACGCCGACCGCGCCGCUGCAUAAGCGCGCGUUUGAGCUGCACGAGACGCUCGCGGAGGAGUUGCUGCUGGAGACGUAUCGAAAAAUCCCGACGCUGAGCGUGCUGGGCGGAUCGGCGCUGGACGGUGGACCGACUCCCCUCGUGUCGUGGCUCGACGGCGACAUUCAAAUGUGUCGAAUGAUGGACGAAUUCGGCACGGCGCAGGUGACACCGAAGGAAUUGUGCGAAAAAUUGCACGACGCCGCCGUGCGACUCGGCGCCACGUGCGUCAAGGGCGAAGUCACUGGGGUGACGUUCGCGGAUGAUGGCGCGAAAGUGCGCGGAUUGGUGUAUAAAAAUGAGGACGAUGGAACGGUGGAAGAAAUUGAAGCGGAUCACGUCGUCGUGGCCAUGGGUCCGUGGGCGACGCGCGCGAGCGAAUGGUUUGGGAUUAAAGUACCGAUGACGGGCAUUCGUUCGACGAGCGUGAUGUACGAGGCGUCGGAGGCGGUGAUGAGGGAACCGGCGGCGUUGUUUUGCGGUGAAGAUGAAAAUGGGUGCCACUUGGAGGUGUAUCCUCGGAGCACCGGGGAGGUGUACAUUUGCGGGAUCGGGGGAUCCCAAUACAUCGACGAGGAACGAUUGUUGCCGGGCGGCGACUGCGAUCGAAGCGAAAAGAUCGUCGAGGAUCCCAGUCGCGUCGCCGCAGCGAUGCGCAGUUUCGGAGGCAUGUCGCGCAGCAUCGGCGGCGACGGCAAGGCGCCGUUGGUGACUCAGGCGUGCAUGCGUCCCUGCGCCCCGGACGCGCUUCCGAUUCUAGGCCCCGUGGACGGCAUCGAAAACGCGUACAUGGCGACCGCUGGAAACUGUUGGGGCAUCCUUUGGUCGCCCGUCGCGGGAGAAAUAAUCGCCGAUCUCAUCACGAAAGGCAAGAGUUCGAUCGACAUCAAACCGUUCUCGCCGACGCGAUUCAUGCAACGCGGCGCGCGCGGGCGAGGCCGCAAGAUGCGAAGCGAGGAGGUCGGCGAACAGUGGUGA